AUGAAGAAAAAGAAAGUCGUCAAGUUGAAGGAGGAAUACGUGCCGAAAGGGAACUACUUCAGCAAAGAUGCCCUGCUGACCAACAUCUUCAUUCAGAGCGCGGAGAACGUGCUGUCGGAGGUCGAGUCGAAGAAUUCCCAACUGAUAGUUAACUGCAUAAACAAGUUGCACAAAAAAAAUCUGCAAACGAAGUUGAAGGCCAUAAGUGAACUAAUUCUGCACCUGAGCAAGUAUGACGAAGACGAAGUGAGCCACCUCUUCUCCUCCUUCACGAGCGUUUAUAAAAAGUUGAUCUACCACCCGAACUACGGCCUCAGGGAAAACCUAAACCUGUGCCUGAAGCUGUUCAUAGUGAAAGUUAAGACGAAGAUCAAGGCCCACCUGAGUGUCUUUUUGCCGCCGCUCUUUGUGUCCCUCUUCGACUACAGCAAAAACGUAAAACACAUCGCGGGCGAAAUUCUGCUCAUCAUUUUCCCCCCCAAGGGGAAGGCCCAAGAGGCGAGGGGCGUGGAAGACCCAGGCGGGCAGCACCCAGCGAAGGCGAAGAAGACACAACCAGGGAAGAUACGCCUGCAGGAGGAACUCAAGCUAUACGGAGUGGUAAAAAAUUUGAAGGUGAAUUUGACUAACCUGUAUAACUGCCUUAAGUAUGUUGCAGACCCCCUCAGCGAGGAAGUCACGAGGAACUUAAAAAAUAAGAAAAACGACGAGGAUUAUGAUUAUGGAGUGUACCUCUUCAACGUGGUUUGCUGCUAUCCGUCCAUUUUGUAUAUGAUGGUGAGAGUUGCCAAGGGGGGGGAGGCAAAGCCCUCCGUAGGGGAUCCCCCUGUUGAAGGGGACCCUAUUGAAGAGCGCCCUGUAGGGGAUCCCCCCGUGGAGGAGAACGAAAAGACGACCCCCCCCAACCGCAGAAACCUCAACCCAGUGAAGCAGUUCAUCCGAAAGGAGUUCCCCACCUUCGCCGGCACCUUCAGCCUCUUCUUCAACGCAGUCAACUCCAUUUACAAAGAAAGCAAAGACAACGAGCGGGUCAAAAAAAUGCUCUUCCUGGCCGUCUACAAUAUUAUAUAUUUAUUGAAGAAGCAUAAGCUUAACUACUCCGAAUUUGAAGAAGAAAAAGCGAACGUGGCCAUCUUCAAUUACAUUUCUUGUGUCAUCAGCAAUAAGGAUGAGUACAUCCUGAAGCAUAUAAACCACCUACUGCUGUUGUAUUUUUUUUCGGAAAAUAAAAAAAUGAUAAAUGGGAAUUUUUUGAAAUGUUACUUGUCCCUAAUUAAGCACAACAAAAUUGCGAGGAAUGAUAUUUUUAAUUAUAACAUUUCUUUGUUCAUCUUUAUUUUUGAGGGGAGCGACGUUCGGGAAUUUUUUUUCUUUUUCUUUUUUUUACUUUUGUUUUUGCUGCUGCAUGGGACGGCCUCUUCGCUGGUCGUUUACUACGAUUUGGCGCAGCAUUUGUUUGGCUAUUUCGCCGGGGCGGGGGCGAGAGCGGAGGUAUCCCAGGGAAGCGUCACCUGCGGGAGCACCCCCAUACUGAGCGAAGACGGAGCUGCCGCGCACUCCCUUUCCGAACACGACUGCCACACCGUGCUCAGCGAAACCAUCCUACACCUCCCGCUAGAAACGAUCCUCGCCCAGAAAGUUGGCGUCACCUAUAGGCACUCAUUCGAGAGGGCUCACCACCUCUGUGAGGCCCUUUCCAACACCUACUACUGCCACAAGAAGAAGCCAAGCAAGGACGGCAAGGAAAAGGACAAAUUUGAAGAAUUGAAGAGGAAAAUAAUUGCGGAGAAGCUGGAGGAGGCCAACUUCAUCCGUACCUACACCCACUUCCUCAAAUCGUCUACAUGUGCAGACAGAACGGCUCUCAGUUGCCUGAACAUGCUCAGCGAGUAUACGGGAGACAUGGCCAAAGAGUUGGGGGCAGGCAAUAAUACGUUGGGAUGUGAAGCGGAACCGGAGCGGUCGGGGGAUCCCCAUCCACGUGUGGACGAUUCGAAACUUGGGAUAGCCCCCCAGGGUGGUAGUGCCCCCCCCAGCGGCAGGCACAAAUAUCACGGCGCUGUUGACUUCAUCUUGAGCCUCCUAACAGAACUGAAGGGGGUCGUGUUCCCCCCAGGGGGGGAAGAGGACACCCCAGGAGAUGUGGCCAACCAAGGGGGUGAAGUGAACACCCCAGGGGGUGUGGCCAACCAAAGGAGUGCCACCCUCAGGACGGCCUUCAUCCACACCUUGAAGAGCACCUUCAAAAUCGCCUGCCUCCUGGUGGAGGAAAGAAACUACGAGGCUGUUUCGAUGGUGAAGAAGCAUUGGGGGCUUCUGGAGUUUCUCUUGGCGCAGGGGGAAGUGGAAGACGAAGAGGUUUCGCUAGAGCGGGUGUUCUGCGUGUUUACCGACUUCAUAAAGUGGGGCAGACGUGGGGAGAGGGAGCAGGCGAACCAGGCAGAAGGGGCAAUCCUUGGGGGAGACGCCCUCUUCAGUUCCCUGGAUGUGAGUCUGAACCUCCUGGCGUUCAUUUGCUCCCGGGGGGGGAAGUCGUGCGACGCGCUGGCGAGGUCCAUGCAGGGGACCCUUCUUGGGGCCCCCCCAACUGAGGAAACAGCCGAGAAGCAGCUAGCCAUCUGCGUGAAGCUGAUCAAUUUUAUGAGGAAGGAGCGCACCAGGUUUUUCGACCUCUCGGAGACGGCCCUGCAGAUAUACAGUCACUGCCUUCUGCGGGGUGUUGGUGACCGCCAUCCUCCAGAGUGCUCCCCCCUGAAGGCGUUUUACGCCGCCGUGCUGGGGGAGGCAGAAGACGGUGGAGACCUCUUUGGAGAGCAAUUCUACCAAGGGGUGUUCCAAGCGUAUAGAAAAAAAAUGCAGUUGAGCCGAACCCUCCCAGAUGAAAGCUUCUCCUGCUUCUUCUCCUCUUAUGUAAUGAGAAUGAAGGAGGGUGACCCACUGGAUGACAUGCACCUACAUCUGUUGUUAGCAGCUCUGUUGAAUGUGAAGGAUAAACAUGUAGAGAGAUGCACAAAGGAGAUGUUAGUCUCAUCAAAACUCAGUAAGGUUAGUACCUUCUCCUGCCUGGAGGCGAUGCGGGAUGUGUACAUGUGGUGUAGUAGGGAGGACUAUGAAGAGGAGAGAAGGGGGAAGAGGUGGUCUUCCUUCACGUCCUCCAUGGUCCAGUUUGGAGAUGACUACGACGAAAGUGGAAGUGGAAGUGACGAUGAGGGUGAGGUGGCCGGGGGGGACCGCUUCGAGGUCGGGUUGCUUGUGAGCAACUCCUUGGUGAGGCUAACCCGUAUUGGUGAAGAGGUGGAGGAGGAAGAAGCGGGGGAAGACACGAACGCCGCUUUAACUGGAAACGAUUUGAAGAGGGAGGAUGAGGAGCGACCCACGAAGGGAAGUGCCCAACAGAAGGACAACGAAGAAGCGUUCUUGUCGCUCCGCAAAGGGGAUGUGCUAAAUCCGAGGUUCGUAGAGCGACUGCUCUGUUUAUACAAGCUGCAUUACCAAGUGGAGUGCUUUUCCGUUGGCCACUUAAAGCGGUUCACCAUGCUGUGCUUCGCGGCGACCACUCCAGGGGCAGCAGAGGAGGAGAAGCCCCUGCAGGAGCCACACAAAAACGAAGCAGAUCGGUUCUGCAGCUUCUACCAUUUCGCCUAUGCCAACAUUAGGAGUAAAGCGUUGUUCUGCCACCUGGUCAGUUUGAGAGAUAAGGUAGAAGCGGAUGAGGGUGAAGAAAUGGGGAUGCUGAAUUUGCUCAUUUAUGUGCAUAGACAGCUGGAGAGGAGGAAGCGUGGGAGGAAGCUACCUUCCAACUGUGCGAGCAUAUCUGACGUGGUGUGCGUCAUGAGGCAGGUGAAUAAGUGGGACGUCUUCAACAUCUGUAGGGGCAUCCUAACGGAUCGGCGAGGCGCUGGGGGGCACUCCGCGGACGCGAUGAGGGAGGUCAUUCGCGAGCUGGACCGCUUUAAGGUGAAGAGCGCGUUCGACUUGCAGGUGAAGGUGUUCCUCUUCGAGGAGUGCCUCGCCAGUGUGGUUGGCGUGGUUGGCGUGGUUGGCGGCGUUGACGACGUUCCCGGGGGGGAUGCCUCCCUCCGCGACACGAAGCAGUACGAAGACGGAAUCGCCAGGCUGAAGGAGCGACUGCCGCGCGACCUGCAUUCCUACGUGGAGAAGAACCUCUCCCUGGCCGUCAAAGGAGAGCUGCCCUGCUUAAACCUUCUGCACCAUUUGAUCUGCAUCAGUAGAAGGUACCGAGAUGUUCAUCUGUUCGAGUGCACCAUCGUCAGGAGGAAGGUACUCCUGGGGUUGGCUCUCCAGUAUGUCACUUGGAACAACUUUGAUGUGUUCUUUUGUUGCCUCGGCUUUGUGAAGGGCGCCUUUCCCGGGGAGGAGCCUUCCCCCGAGGGGGGGGGCUUGCCCAACGGUGAAAGAAGCAUUCCAAAUGGUGAAAGAAGCAUUCCAAAUGGUGAAAGAAGCAUGCCAAAUGGUGAAAGAAGCAUGCCAAAUGGUGAAAGAAGCAUACCAAAUGGUGAAAGAGGGAUUCCAAAGGGUGGGGAAGGCACACCACAGGAUGGAGAAAGCAUGCCCAACGGGGUGCUCCCGAAUGGAUGUCCCCCUAGUGAUGCCCCUUUACGUGACGCCCCUUUGCGUGACGCUUCCAUACGUGACUCCCACCGCUUGCAGGAGGCCUUCUUCAAAUACCUCAGCACUGUGAAGAGCUUCUACCGAAAGGUGCACGAGGAGCAGAGCGCGCUGCAUAGGCAGAAAUGGAGGGCCCUGAAUGAGACCCUGGCAGGAAGCGGCAGCGGCAGCGGUAGCGGUAGUGGCAGCGGUAGUGGAAGGAAGGCCUCCCCCUCAGUUGACAGCAAUCUGAAGAGACAGAAGGGAGGGGCGAAAAAAAGGGAAAGCAAAAGGGAAUGCCACCACUUACAGCAGUCUAAGAUGGGCAUACACUUUUUGAAGUACACUCUUCUGAAGUGCCAAACGGAGGGUAAAACAUUCCUCUCGGCCUUUAAGGAGGCAAAUAAAAUCACCGCCGAUUUAAAGAAGCUCGUGUACUUCAUUACCUCCAUCAGUUGCUAUGCCGACGGGGUAGUGGAUGACGAAAUGGUGACGGUGGCAACACAGCUGGUGAAGCUACUUCAUCAAUUUGAUGAGCAAACUGUCAAGUCAUUGUACACGAUUUAUUUGCUAUCCCUUCCAGUGAGUAUUACCCACUUUUGCGACUACCUCCAGAUGGGUAUAUUUCACCUGGAUGAAAUGAAUCUAAGUAGGAAAGGGUUGGCCAAGCUGAUGAGGAGGAUGCUAGACGUGUAUGUAAAUACCUACUACCUGUUUAUCCUCUUUUCUAAUGUAGCCAAGUGCAGAGAGAGCAACCUGUUCGUAGAGAAGACGCUCACCAUUCUGUUGAUGAAUUUGCUUUUCUUUUCGGAACUUCACAAAUUGAGAGGAUCCCAUAUGUUUAAGUUUGCCGUGAUUAGCUCCUACUUGCACGUUACUGAAGGGGGGAGGAACUUGUUUCUGGCGUCCGCCGCUGGGGGGGGCGUUGAUGGGCACGACUGCCGAGUAUUGGGAGUGGAAGCCGACGCGGAGGUUGGUGCAGCGGGGGUGGGGGGAAGCCCAACUCGGGGCGAUAGCCCAAUUGGGAGCAACCACUUGUGUAGCCCCUCUGACGAGAGCGAUGACGCCUUCUUGAGCGAGCUGAACGGAGGCCCCCCCAAAACGAAGGGCAAAGAACCCCCAGCGAGGGAAGAAGCUGAGGUGGGGAGAAGAGGGCCUUCAAACAGCAGCAGAGGGGGGAGUCCCACGCUGAGCCCCUCCAGGGGGGUGCAAAACUGCGAAGAGGGUGAGGGUGAGAAUGGCCAGAAAGGGGACCACACACCACAUCGUCAAGGCAGUCGAAGUGAUACCCCCCAAUCUGUGCGUGUGUCCCCCCCAGCAAACCGCACCAAGAGGGAAGAUAGUUACAAAAAGAAAAUGAACCCCCUGCAUGCUUUGAAGAACCAGCUGAAGAACCCAUCUCUCCUAAUCGACCUGAACAAGAAUCUCAUAGAUUUGUAUUCGUUUGUCCUGGACUUGAACUACUUGAAGGUCCUUCUGUCCAUGCUAAACAUUUGCCUUUCCGCUGAGUACUUUGUCUACGAGCCGGAGCUGCACCAGCAGUUCUUGGCCUUCCUGGAGAGCCAAAAUUUUUGCGUGGGCGAUUUUGUGAGUGAUAUAAGGCGCGUUGGGGACAUUCUCCAGGGGGGCGCGGCGAAGCGCAAUUGGGGAGGGAACUCAGCCAGGUGGGGAGGCAGUCCAUCCAUGAGGGAAGGCAGCUCCCCCAGGAGGGAAGACACCUCAUCCAUGAGGGAGGGUAGCUCCCCCAGGCCGAACCAGCUGCGCAACCCCCCCUUCCCAAUCCAGCAGCGGAACAAAUUCUACAUCUUCCUGCUCGCCUUGCACCUCAUCCUGCGCCUCAUAACGAUUUACCCGAACGAGUGCAUCACCAUAACGAACGAAGCCAAGCUACACGACGUCGUAAACUUCAACAGGAUCCUCUUCUCAAAUAUAAUCAUCUCCAAUCAGCUGAAAGAGUUGAGGCAAAUUUCCAGUGGGUACGUGAAUACCACCUUCCAGUAUGACCCCCUUUCGAAGACGCUCACGUUUAAGUACAAGAUAAAGGAGGACGACAGUGAGCAGUUCGAGGACGUGACUGCCAAGCUGACGCUGAUCUUCCUCCCCAACUACCCCUUCUCGCACAUGGUCAUAAGUGACAGGAUCGAGUCGCUAGACAAGAAAGCGCACGUGCACAACUCCAUCAAGAGCAUGUACAAGUAUGCGCGCACGGGGAACAUCAACGAGAUGUUCAUAAAAUUUGACAGCCUCAUGAAUGGCUACUUUGAGAAUAAGUCCCAGUGCAACAUCUGCUUCAUGAUUCUCUACGAGACGAAGACUUGCGACAAGGCCUGCUCCCAGUGCGGCACGUCCUACCACAGCUACUGCCUGCACAAGUGGUUCCUGACGUCCCACAACACCAAGUGCCCGUCGUGCCAAAUGCAGUUCACCUAGUGAGGAAGCGCCGCGUGGCGGUUAUUCGGGGGGAGCUUGCGAGAUGUCCGCGUAUCUCGGCGACGUGGGCUGUCCGUACGUCCCUUCAUUUUUACUUUUUACCCUCCAUGUGGUUUCUACACCGUUUGCUUCCUACACCUGUUGUGCCUCCUACACCUGUUGUGCCUCCUACAUAUGGUGUGCCUCCUACACCUGGUGUGCUUCUUAAAGCUUCUUAAAUGUGGCAACUUUGCAACCGCGUUGAACGCUCAUUUGUGUUU